AUGGGUUGCUGUCUUUCUCGUUCUUCGGGGCCCAACUCACCUUACCCGGGUGGCGCACCCAAUGCUUCAUCGCGUGCUAUCAAUCCUCCCCCGCUGUCCCUCCCUGAAGCCGCUCAACCACAAAUCCCUGCCGAAAGACAUCGUCAGCGUCGUCGCAACGACCGUCCCUUGGACCAGCAUAUCGACAAGCCCUUGCGGCGACACGAAUGGACUUCUCUCAAUCGGACCUGGACCAAGAGCGAAUUGGCAAAGGAACGAGCCGCAUUCUUCGAUACACGAGUCACUGGGCGACCCGAGAUAUGGCAGACUAUUCAUGCAGCGCUGCAGGUUCUAUGGGACCCCACAAGUCAAGACGCUCAGGACGAUGGAUCAAAUGGGCUUGCGACAGCUCAAAUGAUUCUCUCGGCCGCUGAGAUUUCGUUACCUACCGGCGACCUCGCCAACGGCGUGUAUGAUGCUCUUGGAAACUAUUAUCAACUACCUGAAUGGGCUGUUUCCGACCCGCAGAACAUUGGGGAGGAUCGGGAAACCCGUGCUAAAGGCGACAUUUCCGCCGUGGACGACGACACAGCAGCCGACGAAGAAUUAAGCGACAACGAGCUUGAUGGCAAAAAACAAGAAAAGGGCAAGGAGACAGAUGAGGUGCACAAACUGGUCAAGUUACGAGCUAGGCUCAGUGAAAAUGGGCAGGACAUUAAUGUCAACAUAUCGGAGUCGGAAACCGUACGAAACGUAGCCAAAAAGAUUGCCCUUGAGGCUAAUCUUGCUUCUACAAAGAAGAUCAGGAUAGCAUACAUGGGCAAGAUCCUCAAGGACAACCUGUCUCUAUCCGCUCAAAACUGGAAGACAGGGCAUGUCGUGAAUGCUCUUGUCUUUGACGUUGUUUAG